AUGGCAUCCCCAAGCGUCGCCAAAAUCGCCGAGGCGAUGCUCGCGCACUCUGCGCCCAAGUACAGCUUCUCCUUCACGCCGUUCCUGCAGCAGACGUACCAGCACAGCCUGCCGUCCGACCGACCGAUAUGCAAAGUGUACGCGUCGGGGGGCAACUGCCCCAACGGCACGCGGUGCCUGGAGCGGCACGUCGCGGACCCUUCGCAGCCCUCGGGCGCGCAGACGGGGUACGGGAGCGGGAAGCGCGACGGGCCGGCCUUCAACAGCCUGGUGUGCAAGCAUUGGCUGCGUGGGCUUUGCAAAAAGGGCGACGGGUGCGAGUUCCUGCACGAGUACAACCUGCGUCGCAUGCCAGAGUGUAAUUUUUACAUACGCAACGGCUACUGCCAGAACGGCGAGGAGUGUCUUUACCUACACAUCGAUCCGCAGAGCAAGCUGCCGCCGUGUCCGCACUACGACCAGGGCUUCUGUCCGCUCGGCCCCAGGUGCAGCAAGAAGCACGUCAGGCGGAACCUGUGCCCGUACUACCUCUGCGGCUUCUGUCCCGACGGCAGGCUGUGUAAGCAGGGUGCUCACCCCGGCUGGAAUCCUAAGCUCGACCCGCCGACGGUCAAGGUCGAGAAGCCGGUUGGCGAGGAGGAUGCGAUGGGUUUUGCAGCGAGGGGAGGGGCCUACGAGGAUCAUGAGGAUGGUGAUAGGGGUGGACAGCAGAGGGGUGAUAGGAGGGGAGGUUACGGGCAGCGGGAUGGGAAGUUUGGUGGCGGUGGCGGAAGAGGCGGCUGGAGAGGCCGUGGUGGAGGUCAUAGGGGCAGGGGACGGUACUGA